AUGGAUAGAAAAUCUGCUAGAAUAAAAGCAGAGUUAGAAAGAUAUGGUUGGAGAGUUUCGAAAAAGUUUAAAUAUAAGAAGGGAAGACCCAUAAAAGUCUAUGACAAACUGUCUGGUCUUCGCUAUGAAAUGGACUUAGAAACAGCGCGCGCCAAUUAUCCAAACAGACUAGAGAGGUUAGAAGAAGAACGUCUUAUGGACAUGCCUUUCGAUGUUAGUGAACCUCAAGUUGAAGGACACGACGGCUUUGCCAGAUUCUACUGGAAACAUGACGAACAAUUGCAUCCUUUGAGAAGGAAAAAAGGAAAAGGUGAAGACGCACAUGCUCCCAUGGAAAGAACAAGAUAUGCAUAUGAGAAGUAUCGUGAAGUUAGAAGUCAAAUUACAUCUGGUCGAACCUUUACAGUAAACUUUGACGAAGGAAAGAACAAAGAAGGCUUCAUGGGUGUACUUGCUGCCAUACAAGACGGAAAUAAGAAAGGAUACAAUCUCAGACUAACCAUAACAGAUUUGGACGGUCAUAUAUACUAUGCACAUGGCAAUGUCACAACAGCUGCAAUGCUUCUUGACGCUUUCAAGACUACAAAGAGAGAACAAAUGGUUGACUCCGACUCAGACAUUUUGAAUGCAAUUGAAGGAAUUGCAAGUGUCAAGUUCGAAUGGUACCAACCUAACCCUCAAGCAGUCAGACAACAUGCUGGAUACUUCCCCUUCAUAAAUAAGUCUGACAUUGACUUGACAAGGUAUGGAAUUUACAAUUCAAUUGAAACAAUUGUCAAUGAACCUUGUAUUCUUACAUGUCUCAGGAACUCUGGUCUUGUUACAGAUGAGAAAAUGAAGUAUCUUGAGUCAUGUGUGAAGACAAGGUACAUUCUCAGAGGUCAAUUGGCAAAAAUUGCACCGUUGGCAAAUGUCAAUAUCCGAGUCAACAUACCUACAGCUAAAGGUUCUUCACAUGACGACUAUGUUG